UUGGAGGCCCAGGAUCUGGGCUUGAGAAUUGGACUGGAGAGCUUCAGAGAUCCAUAGAGCAGUCAGAGGUAACCUUGGCAUCUGGAACGUCUGUGCUCCUGUGGAAUAUUGGAUAUACGAAGCAGCUGGGAAGACCCUCAUAAGACCUUCCCAGUACUGCUAGAAUCUGCAGAUGUGUUGACAGAUGAGAGGGAUGUUUUGCUGGCCAUCUGAAUUUGUGGUUGGUGAGACCUCCUCUUGUGAGAGGAGAAGAAAAGGCCAUUGAAGGAAUAUAGCAGAUUAUCAUUUCAGCAACAGCGCUGAAAUAGAGAGAAGCAUUCAUCCCCUGGAAGUCUGGAAAAUAGCUCUGAGCCCAAUUGGUACUAAGCAGCUGCUGAAAUGGACAGGGGGAAGAGGUAAGCGAUGGAUGUUUCUGCUACUCCUGCAAACCAAACUGGGCAAGAGCAGACGGAGGCAUCUACUCCCGAGUGUCCCAUUUGCUACCUUGCCUACAACAACGUGUUCAACACCCCUUUGCUUUUGCCAUGUUCUCACACCUUCUGCUUCGAGUGUUUGGCCAGACUAUGUGCCUUCCUGAAGCCAAACCAGACCUUUCAGUGCCCCCUCUGCCGAGAGAGCAUCCCUCUUCCCCAGAAAGGGGUCCCCAGCUUCCCAGCUAACAUGGAAGUCAUCCAGCAGUUCCCUCCAUGGAUGCGAGAGCUUGAAGAGGUCUGGAUGGAUGGAUUUCACCUGUGCUGGCUGAAAAAGCUCCCAGGGGACUCUAACGAGCCGGGCGUGCAGAUGCUCGUGACAGUGGAUUUGUACAAAGCCAUCUCCCAAGACAAUCGACCCCAGAACUUCAUUAGCACUCAACCCCGCAGAUCUGUAUAUCGGGAGGUGGGUCGUCUUCUAUUGGAAAACUACCCCACUGUUCUCUGUGCUGCUGCCCUGCUCUUUGUGUUGGUAAUACUGCCUGCAGCUCUGAUUCUUGGGUUGCCACACCGUGUCUAGAUUGGUUCAGAGUUUCCUUCAACGUUUAUUUUCAGUACCUGGCUUGAAGGGUUUUGUGUGUGUGCACGCGCAAAUGUAUACCAGGCAGGUGUAAAUGACCAGCUGCAUUUUCCUUCUUGGGAGACACUGGCAACUUGGGCCUGUAUCAGCUGUCUCUACGUUUUAGAGUAAAUUUGUUGUUUCCUACUGAGCCUUCAGUAUAGGAAGGAGAGGUAAUGGCUCUUGGUAAGUGCACGGUCAAGGAUCCAUUUUAAAUAUUCAAGAGAAGAGGGGGUGUUCGGUUCUAAAACAAAAUUAGUCCAAAAUAAGUAUCAUGUAUUGCAGAAUUCUGGAAUGACGACAAACCACAGGUCUGGCACCUUUAAAACCAUGGAAGUUCUGCUCAGUCUACUGGUUGCUUGUGAGGUUCCACCAGGUAUGGUCAACUGGCUUUCAAGCCGAACUUUACAACUAUGUGGACUAGAAACUAUUUUUUUAAAUAAAAAAUCAAGGGCUACUAUUCUCAGGCUGUCCUGUAUUAUGCACUUACACAAUGCAGUAGGGAAGGAGGAGCUCUAACCUCUCAACUUCUCCAGGUUAAAGGAUCUCAAAUUGCUGGGCCGGAGGCAUCCUUGGAGAGCUGCUGUCAGUCACAGUGGGGGUUAUUCAGCUAAAUAGACAAGUGAUCUGACUCUUGAGUCUGCAUAGCUGGAAUGAAGAGGUGUGACAGCUCUACCACCUCUGGGAAAGCACCAUCAUUACCUACCAAUGAAAGACCCAAGAAAUGCCCCCUCCCCACUCUCUUACCAAGAACUGAACAACUCUGAACCUCCGAAUGGACCUACCCACUAACUGUAGAUGCUGCUGCGGUGCCCUGAAUACCUGAAACUAAUCUAUUCCGCAGAUCUGAUCUUGACACCUGAGUCUUACCACGUGGCUAAUUGUGUAGAGAAUUUUGGAAUGCUGUCUAUUGUAAGGGAAGCUUGUGUGUGGUGAUGGGUUAAUUUUAAAAAACUUGGAAAUUAA